AUGAUAUCGAAUUUCUCUCUAAUUUUCACCUUAAUUGGUGUUAUCACAGCUCCACUUUCAUUUGUGUCUUGUGAAAAAGAUCAUUGGGCUGUCUUAGUGGCAGGUUCAAAUGGGUUCUGGAACUAUAGGCAUUAGGCAGAUGUAUGCCAUGCUUAUCAAAUUCUUAGGAAAAAUGGAAUGCCUGAGGAAAACAUAAUAGUGUUUGCAUACGAUGACAUAGCUAACAACCCCUAGAAUAUUUUUCCUGGACAGAUUUUCAACAAGCCAGACGGAAAAGAUGUAUAUGAAGGAUGCAAGAUUGAUUAUAAGGGCGAUGAUGUUAUACUUGAUAACUUUGUGAAUGUUCUUAAAGGUGAUCAUGAGAAAAUGAAAGGACUAGGAAACGGGAAGGUCCUUAAUAGUACCAAAGAUAGUAAGGUCUUUGUAUAUUUCACUGAUCAUGGGGCAACAGGCAUACUUGGCUUCCCACAAAAAUAUCUCUACGCAGAUGAUUUGAUUUCAAAUCUGACUUAUAUGCACAAGCAAAAUAUGUACAGUGAAUUGGUAUUUUAUGUUGAAGCUUGCGAAUCAGGUUCAAUGUUCCAAGGUCUGCUAGAUCCCGCAUUGAAUAUAUAUGUAAUGACAGCUUCUAAUGCAGAAGAGAGUUCAUGGGGAACAUAUUGCUAUCCUGAUGAUCUUAAGGAUGGCAAGCAUCUUGGUACUUGCCUCGGUGACUUAUUCUCAGUAAACUGGAUGGAAGAUACUGACGCCAAUGAUAUCUUGAAGGAGAGUUUACUCACUUAAUUUGAGACUGUUAAGAAUAAAACUGACUAGUCACAUGUAAUGCAGUAUGGAGAGUUGAAAUUCGUGGAUGAGCCGAUUGGAUACUUCUAAGGUAACUUUGAUCCCAAAACAAUAAAAGCAAUAUUAAAAGAAAAAGACUAAAAUAGCCCAAUUGAUGAGAUUUUUAGAGAUGUUAAGAUAGGACAUAAAGAACAUAAAAAUAAAUAAGGCUUUUGGGAUUCUUUUGUCAGAUCUGUAAAAGAAUUUGUUUUCACGCAACAACCAAUAUAUGAUUAUAAAGUAAUGAAUAAGGGAAGUUAUAAAUCAGAGUAAGAUCAAGAUGAUUUAAAGUAUAGAAGUAGCAUUAACUCACGUGAUAUAAAAUUGCACUAUCUUUAUACCAGAAUAUUCUUAGAUAAUUACGAAUCACCAAUCUAUCAACUUGAUUUGAAUCAAGAACUAAACAACCGAAUGAGAGUUGACUAUGUCUUCGAGCACUUUAAAAAUAGAGUCAAUUAAGACCCUUAAAACAAAAAUGAUAUAAUAGUGCCUAGAUAGUCAGUUUUGCCCAGAAAUUUCGAUUGUUUGAGAUAGUUAGUUGAGGCAUAUGAAGGGUAGUGUGGUCAUCAAAUGGAUGAGUAUGAGAUGUAGUAUGUGAGAUACUUUGUCUAGGCAUGCGAAAAAACUGAAAUGACUGAGGAAAAUAAAAGCCAGAAGAUUCAUGAGUUAAGGGAGAAAAUUAUUGAUACCUGUAAAAUCUCAUUUUGA